AUGGCGGAUUCGCCUCCGUCGCCUAAUCAACAGGCGUAUCACGCCUAUGCGAGCAAUGGUUUGCAGGUCCUGCAAGCCGCCACCAACGCGCACCAAGCGAUUUUCCACGACGGACAGUCGCAGGAGCUCGAACAGCACCAUGAUCUCCAGCAGGCCGCGCAGCAAGCCGCUGCUCAGCAGCACCUGCAGCAGCAUGAGCAUCACGAGCAUCAGCAGCAGCAAGAUGACGAGCAGCAUCAGAGCCAGCAGCCCGAAGACGCGAAACCUAUCGUCACAACGAUGCCGCAGACACCUAAUCAGCAGCACUUGACUCUCCCGCCUGGCAUUUCCAGCAGCCCAGCUCGAAUCAUCUCCGACCCAGCUGCCCUCGCCGCGGUCGCGGCUGCCGCAGGUGCUCAGGACGCGUUCGCACCGGAUGCAUUGACUCAGGAGGCUCUCGCGCAGGAGGCUCUUGCCGCGCGCGCUGCUGCGGCGGCGGCGGCUGCCGUCCCAAUUCCGCGAGUUUCGCGAGACCCCUCGGUGAACCCCAAGUUGACGCGACUCUCACGCGCGUGCGAUAAUUGCUCGCAGCGAAAAGUCAAAUGCGAUGCGGUUCGGCCUUGCAAGCCUUGCGUCGAUCUUAACCUCGAAUGCACGAAUAAUCGCGUCGUCAAACGUCGUGGUCCCCCCAACAAGGCUGUCGAGGCUAUUCGUCUCAAGAAGCGACUCUCUGAGGUUGCAGCUCAAGAAAUGGGCCUUACUGGCGUCGGCGUAGGUGUGGGCGUGGGAGGACUGCAGCAGCUCGGUUACAGCGGUUCUACUCCUCACUCGGCCGCCCAGGCGCUCGUCUCAAUUGCAGGAGUUAACGAAACUGGUAUUCACCUCGAUGGCGAGGCCAUUGCGCCCAGGCCCAUCUUGGAAGCCCUUGUCGACGACUUUUUCACAUACAUUCAUCCUCUUUGCCCCUUCCCCCAUCAGCCGACGUUCCAGGCUGCCUUCGUCAAUCGAGAUGAUCGGACUGAUCCCGAGUUCUUGGCGCUUCUUGCGAGCAUGAUUGGCGCCCUCGUCGCAUCCUUCCCUCGAACCGCCCGCGCGCAUCUCAAGAACCAGCAGAGUAUGCAUAUCUUCCCGCGUGCCACCGUCAUGAUUGACAAGUGCCGUGACAUCGCCCUCCAGGCCCGUGGCGUCAAGUGGCCUUCGAAGCAGCCAAAGACUCUCAAUGACGCGGCUACCAGCUACUUCCUCGCGCUGUCCGCCUCUUAUACUCUCCAGGUGAACGUCUUCCGUCUGCACAUGACCGAGGCGCUCGGUCUUAUCAACGAGCUGGGCUUCGAGAGGCCUAAGCAUCCAAACGAAGGUCCGACUUACGGCAAUGAUAUCAGUGCGCCCGCUCCUGAUAAGCUUCCCUUCAACCACAUCAAGGAUCAGGUUGGCAAGAGGAUUUUCUGGUGCAUCUUCCUUGGAGUUCGCUCCCUCUUCCAACUCGGCGGAUCUGCCGCCAAUCUCUUCAUCCUCCCUCCCACGCCCGCCUUCCCGUACCCUGCGCGUCCUGCGGCCGCUGAUGAUAAGGACAUCCAAGCGAACGAAGUCCUCCAACAGGAGCCAGGUACCACCACUCUCAUGACAGGCUUCAGUCUUGCCUGUGACAUCUACAUGACGAUGAAUCCCAUUGUCAGCGUCGAGAUGUCCUACGGUUUUGAUAGCCUUAAGUGGCCCGACCAGCGUGGGAUGUUGAAAGACAGCCUCCUCGCCGCCAAGGCAACCCUGGAUAAUCUUCCGCCCGAGCUCCAGCUCAUUUCCCCCGACCCGACGGCUGCCGGUAUAACCUUAUUCGAUGACCAGGGGCUUGAAUACGUUCCUCCCGGCAACGCCGACGCACCUCCCCUCCCCCAUGAUGUGCGUCAGGUGAUCAAGACGCAGCCUUUCCGUCGCCGAAGUUUGCAGCUCGAGAUUCAGAAGGCCAACAUUUUCCUGUCGCAGCUUGCGACCCGCUCGUACUUUGUCGAGCUCUACUUUAGCCGCCGCAACGUCAAUUACGACCCCGGCAUUCAGCUACUCGCGACCAACGGUGAGGGCACCGAGGAAGAGAACCUCGAGAUUCGCGAAGAGGAGACAGUCCGCGUUAUCAUGACCCAAGAACGCGAUCAGAUAGUCGAGGAUCUUCUCGUCGUACUCGGCGCCAUCUCGCAGCGCAACCUAGAGCCCAACGGCAACUCGCUCAUCACCAAGAUCCGCCAAGUCGCGUCGACCCUCUUGCAGAGCGCUCCCUGCCGCGAGCCGCUAUCCGACCAGCACAAGGAGGCCCUCUCGUCUCUUCUCGCCGUGCUCACGCGCCUCGAGAAGACGAGCUCAUCUGGCCCCGGCAACGAUUCCAUGACGGACAAGGACGAAGAGGAAGAGCUGAGCACCUGGGCGUCGCUGAGGGACUACCAGAUGAGAUUCUCGGCUCCUGAUGGGUUCCCGGGGCAUCUUUAG